CAAAUUUUGUCAUUUGGAUCAAAAUAAAUACAUUUUAAACCUAAUUUAAAGUCGAUAUCCAGAUCUAUUUGUGCAUCAAAUGAUAAGUCUUUGAAACUAAUUUAUGGAGCCAACAACAGCAUUAAGAUGUCUAGUCUUUAUUUAUUUAUUUAUUAUUCAAAUUGUAAAUGGUGGAGAAGAUUACUACACCCUCCUUGGUGUCAGUAAAGGAGCUUCGGCUAAAGAAAUAAGAAGAGCUUUUAAACAGCUGGCCAUUUCUAAACAUCCUGAUAAAAAUGUGGAUGAUCCUAAAGCACACGAUGUUUUUGUUAAAAUAAAUCGGGCCUAUGAAGUUUUGAAAGAUGAAGACCUACGCAAGAAAUACGACCAAUACGGAGAGGAAGGACUGAAGGAUGACUUCCAGCGAGGGCGACAGUAUGAAAGCUGGCAGUGGUAUCAACAAAACUUUGGUAUAUAUGAUGAUGAUCCAGAAAUCAUAACUCUAAGCAGGGUUGAUUUUGAGCAGUCAGUUGAGGGUACUGGAGAGGCUUGGUUCAUCAACUUCUAUUCCCCUCACUGCUCCCACUGUCAUGACUUGGCUCCUACUUGGCGUGAGGUGGCUAGAGAGCUGGAAGGUGUCAUCCGUAUUGGAGCUGUUAACUGUGAGGAUGAUUGGCAGUUAUGUCGGAUGCAAAACGUCCACUCAUAUCCUUCUCUGUACUUUUAUCCUGAUAAAGAGAAAUUUCACGGUCAGCGAACAACAGAUGUUCUGGUGCAAGAGGCCCUCCAGAGAGUCAAUGCUAAAUUUUAUACUCUGAGAUCAAGUAACUUUCAAACUUUAGUUGGUACACAAAGUAAUGGUCUCCCUUGGCUUAUUACAUUUUGUGGGGAUGGGGGAGAUUGUCUAGAAGAAAAGACUUGUAUAAAAUUGGCUGCCAUGUUGUCAGACUUGGUGAAUAUUGGGAAGGUUGACUGCGACUCUAGUGAGGAUCUCUGUGCCAAGUUAGGACAAGAACAUGGCACAGUUUACUACAAGUCCCAGAGAUUUGACAAGCAAAGUGGCAUGGUAAUAGCUAGUCUGUAUCCCAAGGACAUAGCCAGGACAGUGCUACAAGAACUUCCUGAUGUAGAGUUGAUUAGCCAAGAUGCCUUACAUGAGAUUAACACAAAACGUGAAGAGACAUGGCUGAUCCAUUUUGUUGAUGGACUAGGAAAUCCAGAUCUUGAGCUGAGAAAACUGCCAACUUUAGUCAAGAACUACAAGGUCGGCCGUGCUGAUUGCUCCACUAUCCGCCUGGCCUGUCAAAAACUUCAUGUGACCAAGUUCCCAACGUUUAUGUUGUUUAAGAGCACAGGAGGCACUGAAAGAUACUAUGGUGGACGCAUCACUGCACAUGACAUCGCAGCAUUUGUGCAUGACAGUGCAGACACACCACUAGAAAACCUGAGCCCGGAGGAUUUCCCUGAUCGAGUGGUCAACAGUAAAGAGCCUUGGUUUGUCGACUUCUUCGCACCAUGGUGCCCACCAUGCAUGAGACUGCUGCCAGAAUUUAAAAAAACAUCCAAGGCUUACAAGUCUGUUGUCAACUUUGGGACCGUUGAUUGCACUGUGCAUGGAGGACUAUGUAACACAUACAACAUACGCUCAUACCCCACCACCAUCUUAUACAACCAAAGUGUACCUCACCAGUACCAUGGGCAGCACAGUGCCAGUCACCUGGCUGAAUUCAUACAGGACACAAUAAAUCCACCAGUUAUUGUCCUUGAUGAGAGCUCUUUUGAGAGUAGGGUACUAAACAAGGAUGAUGAAGAGAUUUGGUUGGUUGAUUUCUAUGCACCUUGGUGCGGUCCAUGUCAACAGUUGUCCCCAGAAUGGCGCAGGCUAGCCAAGAUGAUGAAGGAUAAAAAAACAGUUUUAGUGGGCCAAGUAGAUUGUGAUGCUAACAGCUACCUCUGCAACUCACAAAAUAUCAGAUCCUACCCCACCAUACGGCUUUAUCCCAUUGGUUCUGCCAGAUCAGGAACACACUACAUGUACAAUGGAUGGCGUAGAGAUGCCUCAUCAAUACAGUCCUGGUUGUUCAACUAUUUGCCUAGUAAAGUCGAGGUCCUUACAUCAAGGAACUUCAGACAAAAAGUUCUGGACAGCCAGGAGCCUUGGAUUGUAGAUUUCUAUGCACCCUGGUGUGGUCAUUGCCAGAUUUUUAAACCAGAAUUUGAAAAAGUAGCAGAACAAAUUGAGGGCAUUGCCAGAGCAGGCAAAGUGAACUGUGAUGAGGAGGGGGACAUCUGUCAACAGGCCAGUGUCAGGGCUUAUCCAUCUGUUAGGUUCUAUCAAGGUGUGGCGGCUAAUCAUAGACAGUCCGCGUAUGGCUGGGAGGUUGAUAGCCAGAAUGCUGAUUACAUUGUACGCUAUAUCAAAAAUAAUGUACCAGACAAACAACAGUGGUUGUCAUCAUUGCUGCCCUUCAUCAGAACUUCACCAGGAUCAUCUCCCCUGUUCAACUAA